AAAGAUGUUGAACGAAAAAUAACCUAAUAAUUCUUAAGGAAACGCAUUUGAUGCAAGACACUUGAAACUUAACCCCUUGCAUGCUGGGAAAUUUUUCGUCUGCUUAAAUGUCGUCUGCUAAAUUUCUAAAAUUAGCAUUUUCUUAUAUAUUUUUUUCAAAGAAUAGUAUCAGAAUAGCAAACAGUUUGUAUCCUGAUGAGACGCCACGUUCUGUGGCGUCUCAUCUGGAUCCAAACUGUUUGCAAAGGCCUUCAAAAUCCGGUUCCAGCGCUUGAAACGUAAUCGCAAGACUACAUCACUUUUUAGAUUAUUCGCCUAGAUAAAAUAAUAUCGAAAUUCACUGCCCAAACUGUUUGAUCCUGUCCUAGGAAAUUUGUUGUUGAAACAUAGAAUUGUAGGCUUAUUGUAAUUUAAACGAAGCGUCAUCGAUUGACUUCAGCAUUCAGUAAUUGUUGACUCGUACAAAAACUGUUUCAAUAUUAUUUAUACAUGCACAACACGCGCAGUGGUGCAUGUACAUUUAAAGUGACAGUUCAUAUGGGCAGAAUCGUAUUGAGGAUUUCACUGAAAAUCCGGUUGAAAACAAACAAUUUAGCGAAUUUUAUUUUGGGGUCGAGUACGGUAAAGUACGAAAACGACCUAAUUAAUAUGCAUGACUCGACACGUUAAUUCAAACCUAAACAAACAAAAUUGCGGAUACGGGCGAAUUUAGCGGAGGGAAGGGAAGAACAAAUACAAAUACACCUGUUACAGACGGAAACUGAGUUGCAACGCUACGAUUUUGCUAAAUCAAUGUAUCUAUCUUCCAUAUGCUUAUAAUGGUUAUCGAAAGCUAAAUAUAGAUUUAAUUUGCAUAACUUGCGACGCUGCAAUGAUUUUCGCCUAUUGCAUGAAUUUAUGAUCAUUUAUAUAUUAUUUUAUCGAUUCAAACCCGAUUUUGACCAGGUGUUCGAUGUCAACAUCGAUACAAAAUAUAUUUCAUUAAUUUAUGUAAAGUUUAUUUCUCGCUAUACGAUUUAUAUGCCAAACAACGAUGGACUGUCACUUUGAUAUUUAGCAUGUCUUUUUUUCAGGACAAACAAUUAAUAAAUACGUCAGCCAUGACAUCACCGUCAAGGAAACGGAACCCGUAGGUCACGUGAUAGCCAAUCUCGCCGGAAGCGUAAACUGCAACGUGACGUCAUACACACCCAGUCGGUCAGAUCGCUAUUUCAGCAUGAACGAAAGCGUUCUUACACUGCAAGAAGAGUUGGAUUUGGACGCAGGCCUGCAAAGUCAAGUAUAACGCGUGACGCAAUACGCAUCAGAUCACAUUUGUAACGUGACGCCACAUCGAUAUGAAACUGAUUUAGGUCCAUGAUGUCCCGUUUUGAACAAUAUACAACAGAAAGACAGUGGGAUGACAUCAACACGACCUAAGCUUAAUUCGAAUAAUCAGUUAUAAAUAUAAGCAAAACGUCCUUUGUGAAUCGAUUGCUUUCAUUUGCGUUUAAGUUUGGAAUCAGGUAAUAAUAUAGUUUACAUGUUUUUCGUUUAAGUUCCUAGUUCUAAAGUUAUUGCGCGAAAUGAUAGAGCUGAUACAUUCAAGAAAACUUUUUUUUUUCAAUUUUAUUUUUUCAUGAGUUUAAACCAAAGUAAUCGAGACUUGAUCUAUGAAAAAAAGCUUGAUGCAUGUGCGUAAAGUGUCGUUCAAGAUUAGCCUUUGCGGACGGACGACACGGUAUUUUUCGCUAAAAUCUCUCUUUAGCGAAAAUCCAAUUUAGACAAAAAAGUGUCUUGUCUGAUAAGCCUGAUAAGCCUGUGUGGACAGCACAGGCUAAUCUGGGACGACACUUUACGCAAAUGCAUCAAGCUCCGUUUUCCCAGUGCAAGGCUCAACUAUAUUAUUUGCAUACCAUUUUUUCAACUGGAAACUACGAACAUCACAGUGAAAAUCAUAUGCGGUCAAUUCAGCCACACGCUACAUGUAUCGAUUGAGCCAGUCAAUGAGUUCCCGCCAUACUUUUUCAAUCGUCCAUAUAACAUAACCAUCCCAGAGAAUACGCAAGUAGGCGCCUCUGUGUUUGAAGUGAGGUCCAAGAUGGGAGACCUUGAUGAACCCGCUGAUGUCAUCAAAGAAUUCCGACUAGAUCAGUAUCUUAUACCGCAGUACGAUGGGCGUCGACAUUUUGCGAUGAACAGCUCGACAGGCGUGAUUGAGAGCCGCGAUAUGAUCGACUACGACACCAUAGGUACAACCAAGUUCUUGAUGCUGAAAAUCGUCGCCAUGGAUAUUGAUGGACAAGAAGAAUCCACAACGUUGAACAUCACCAUUAUGGAUGUUGACGAUCUCACUCUGCGUUUCUUGCGAAAACCAUGUGAUGACGUCACCGCAAUGUGUGACGUCACCGUUUACACAGCAGAGAUUGAUCGUCAUUUUCAGGGCUCGCUGAAUGUCCGGCCAUCUCAUGUGCAUGCACGAGACGGUGACGUAGGUCUUAAUUAUGACGUCACAUAUUCCAUAGAACCAGAUGACGGAGUUGUCAAUAUCAACAACUUCACGGAAGAGUUGAGCGUCGCGUCAUCGUUUGAGAUGGUCAAGAAUAUGACGUCAGGCGAGACGCUUUCGCUGACAUUCAACAUUAUGCAUUUCAGGCGACGGAAGUGUCCGAGCGGAAGAGGAACGCCAGCGUCCCAUUGAUGUUACGUGUUUUUCACGAGUUUUCCGCAGUACUAACAGGCUAAUCAGGGACGACAAUUUCCGCUUUUAUGACAUUUUUCGUUUAAAUGAAGUCUCUUCUUAGCAAAAAUCCAAUUUAGGCGGAAAAUGUGGUCCCUGAUAAGCCUGUGCGGACUGCACAGGUUAAUCUGGGUAGACACUUUACGCACAUACAUUAUGCCCAGUUUUCUCAGAACACGGCUCUAUUUAUGCACAAUACUGUUUUUGUUUUGAUUUAGAUUUAUGAAUUGUUAAGUUAAGUAUUGGGAAUGAAUGAGUUUCUAAUUGAUUGAUAUUGUAAGAAUGCUUGUCCAUAGUUGAGAAGUGUCUUUUAAGUGUGGAUUGAUGAACAGCUUCAACCCGACUGGAAAACAAAAAGGUUUUUGGUUUUAUUUCAUGACAUGCUCACAUCAACUGUUAUAAGGCGACACAAUUGUUUAGAAUAUCUCAAUUUAUAGCCCACCUUAUGUUUAUUGCUGUAUUUUUUAUGCCCAAUCCCCCUUCGAAGAAGAGGGGUUAUAUUGUUUUGCUAGAUGAAGGUCGGUCGGUCGGUCUGUCUGUCGGUCGGUCAGAGUCUGUCGGUAGACCAGUUCGUUUCCGAUCAAUAACUUUUGAACUAUUGACCGAUUGCCUUGAUACUUCACAUAUGCAUUGGCCUUGGACAGUUGCUGACCCCUAUUGAAAUAAGGCUCACUAGGUUAAAGGUCAAGGUCAUUGUCACAAUAAGUGUGAAAUCGUUUCCGAUCAAUUACUCGUCAACGAAAACCUGAUUGGCUUGAUACUUCAUAUGUGCAUUGGCCUUGGACAGUAGAUGGCCCCUAUUGAAAUUGGAGUCACUAGGUCAAAGGUCAAGGUCACUGUCAUGAUAAGUGUGAAAAUCGUUUCCGAUCUAUAACUCGUCAACAAAUUGACCGAUUGACUUGAUACUUCACAUGUGCAUUGGCCUUGGACAGUACAUGACUCCUAUUGAAAUUUGGGUCACAAGGUCAAAGGUCAAAGUCACAAUAAGUUGGAAAAUCAAGGCCCUGUUUCGGGGGCAUAUGUCUCCGACCGCCGAACUCUUGUUUCAUUUUUUUUAUUUGACGAAAUUUCAGGCCAACCAAUUUAAUAAUUUCACAGUAUGAGUUUCUCACCACUUGUUUUAAGGGCCUCUGGCUUCUCUGUCAUAGCUUAUUUCCAUUUCUGUCUCUUUUUGAUUCAAAUUCAACUAUUUAUGUUGGGUUUAAUUGAUUCAACAUUGUAAUUUAUGUGGAAAAUUUAGUUUUUUCCAGUACAUUUAUGUUGUCAUUUCAUGAUGUUAUUGCAUUUUUUUCAGGAAGGACUGUUAUGGUUUGAUCACGUAUGAUAUAACUAUAAGCUAUGUAUUAAAAUAACUGAUUAGCAAUUAUGCAGAUUAAUUGAUUGCGCAGAAGUAAAAUAGUAGCCAUUUUUGUUCCGAUUCGCCCGUUUUCCUGGCUUGAAAUUCUUUUUUCUCCUUUUGGCUUUUGAAAUCGGUGUGCGCGACGGCGUUUUACAUGGUUUUGACUUAAACACGGUAAUGUAUGGUACUCAUUAGAGUCGCGUUCUGAGAAAACUGGGCAUAAUGCUUGUGCGUAAAUUGUCAUCCCAGAUUAGCCUUUGCAGUCCGCACAGGCUAAUCAGGGACGACAAUUUACGCUUUUAUGGAAUUUUUCGUUGAAAUGAUGUCUCUUCUUAGCGAAAAUCAUGUUACGGCGGAAAGUGUCGUCCCUGAUAAGCCUGUGCGGACUGCACAGGCUAAUCUGGGAUGACAAUUUACGCACAUGCAUUAUACCCAGUUUUCUCAGAACGCAACUCAUUAGUUCAGCUUUCUUAUCCUGUUACUUGUUUAAACACUGUGCGCUUCCUUUGUCUACUUUGACUUUUGGUCUUCUGGAUUUCUUGUUAAAAAAUCUUUAUUUUUUGUUUCCUUUUGCAUAUUAAAAAAAAUUGAAAAUAUUGAAAUGGUGUCAAAUAUUCGCAUACUUUAUAAGGAAAAAAGUUAAAUAUUAACAUAUAAUAAGUUUUUUUGUAAUGCUAAAAAGUUAUAUUAAUAUAAGAGUGUUUGCGAGUUAAAAUGCAUUUAAAAUGUAAAUGAGAAAUAUGGU